AUGACGUAUGCGAAACGAGUUUUAGAACCAAGGCGAGUAUCGGUCGAUGGCAACGGAUGGCAGGAACUGGCGUGGCGCGGUGAACAUGAGUCGAAAGUAGAAGUAGGCGUUUGGCGCGACGCGACGCGUCAAGCAGGCUACGUGCACCCAGACAAAAUUGAGCAAGGUCGCUGGCGGCGAUGCGCGGCUGGUGCAGUGGAGGCAGGGCCUACUUUGCUUGGGCAGUGA